CCCCCACAGCCAACUUUUCUGUUUCCGCUUCCGGCGCUGCGGCCGUUCUGGUCGAAGAUGGCGGCGGCAGGUGUACCCAGGGUUUCUGGGCUGCUAGGUCGUUCCCGGCUGCUGAGCCGGCCUAUGUCGAGUGGCGCCCACGGCGAGGAGGGCUCAGCUCGCAUGUGGAAGUCCCUCACCUACUUAGUGGCGCUCCCCGGGGUGGGAGUGAGCAUGCUGAACGUGUUCCUGAAGUCGCGCCACGGAGAGGAGGAGAGACCCGAGUUCGUCGCCUACCCCCAUCUCCGCAUCAGGUCCAAGCCCUUUCCCUGGGGAGAUGGUAACCAUACCCUAUUCCAUAACCCUCACGUGAAUCCGCUUCCAACUGGCUAUGAAGACGAAUAAAGAGAACCUGGGCCAUUACCCAGUGGGGACCACAGCACUGGUUUGGACCAUUACUCUGCACACAUGGACCAGAAAAGUGUUCGAGACCUUAAGCUCACCUUCUUGUAUCCAGUGAUGACCAUUAUACUUGAUGACCAUUAUACUGAUCUUCCGUCCCUUUGCUUAUGGCAGGAGAUGGCUUAAAUAAAUAAUUUAGUCAUGAGCUGA